CAACAGUACGCUUUCAGUCUCAGGAUUCUAUAGUCUUGUAUACCUUACACGUGCAAGUAUUGCAGAAUAAUUUGGCUUAGGCCGAAUAGAGCAAUAAUGAGGUUUUCUGGACUUCUCGAGAGUUCGGAAAUUCUACGAGAGAUCCUAUAUGCGUUGUCUUUUAUCAGGAAAAUAUGUAUCUUCAGGAUCAGCCGCGAAAUGCUGAAUAUCAUAUGCAUUGUUGACGGCAGCUGUACACAGGUCUGGGCACAUCUCGAAGUCACAGACCUUUUCAAAAGCCUGACAGUCCAGUCUCUGGAUGAUAACCAUCUAACAUUUGAGAUGUCUGCCGAGAUAUUUGUGCGGGCCCUGAAAUCAUUCUCCGGAGGCAGCUUUGGUUUAGGAGCUGUGAGAAUGAAAUUGGUCAAACGUCACGGCGCUCCGUAUCUUCUGCUUUCGGUGGAUGAUCGUUCUGCAAACGGUGGUGGGAAACAUGCCAGUAUAUUUCAGACGGUUCCGAUUCGAAUUUUACGACCAGAUCAGUUUCGGUUGAUUAAAGAGCCAGAGACGCAGGACGCGGAUGUGGUGCUUUUCAUGAACAAUAAACUACCCAGCAUACUAAAUCUGUGCGAGCGAUAUAAGAACAUUGGAGCAAGAGUUCAGGUAUCUGCUAACAAUGCCGGAGUUUUGAAAAUUGGUGUCCAGAAUGAUCAUGUCAAGGUAGACACUGAAUGGUCAGGCUUGGUUGCUGCUCAGGAUACCACAAGAGAAGAGGCUGCCUCUCAACGUGAUCCUGAAGAGUUUGCCAGUGUUUGGGUGGAUGCCAAAGAACUGCAUAAUGUUCUUCGGAUACAGCAUUCAGUCAUGAACAUGAUCAUAUGUAUUGCUGACGGUACCCUACUCAAUUUCGUUGCUACUGUCGCUGGCUUAGACGAGGUUAAUAACGUUACCUACUACUUGACUUGCUUCAGCCAGUGAGCUGAGUUUAUCAAAUUUCACCUUUUAUCGCACACGUGUACUGGAGUUUUGCUUUUCUAGAAUUAUGCAUCUGUAUUCACAUUGGGAGUUAGCUUGCUACGAUAGUUACAUGGAAGAUCAUU